AUGUUGACGUCGCAGGCGCCGAAAAACAGAACAGCGACUCCGAUGACUACCCAAACUACAUGUCCGUCUUCCCCAAGUCAAGAGAAUGAUAGCUUGUCAUCUGAGGAGACGAUAGUCGUAAAUAGCUUGUCAUCUGAGGAGACAAUAGUCGCAAAAGAAGGUACGAUAAACGCCUGAUACGGAGUAUGUUACACCAACGGAGUAUUCGCGCUCGGCGUAAGUAAGAGAACUAUGUGGCCAAGAUUUCCUGCAAAUCGGAAGAAGGUUGAGCAUCCCUCCUACAGCACUGUGAAGCAGAAGUGGCCGGUCGACUGGCUCUUUAUCGAGGAACGAAAGAAUAACUAAUGGCCCAGAUUGUCGUAAUUUCAUCAGGGCGGCCCGAAUCAAAUCACUCAUCUUUGACGAACACAGAGAACGCGCCCAAUUCAUGGCCCGAAAGCAGAUUCAUCUGGAUCCACGAAUUGUCGAGGACGUCUUUCAUCGCUAUCAACAUCCCUACGUCCCUCUCUACGGGAAUCCCGAAGCCAAUUUGUUGUUCCAACGUCGCUGCAUGAAAUGGGAGACGGAAAUGAACCUGAUCAACCUGUCCAAAGGCAUCGCCCCGCUCUACGUGGAGAACUGGGUGGACGGCGAGGCGGCGUCGGACGAUUUCUUCUUUUGCACGGAGUACAUUUACCACAAAUCCGCCAAAGGAAUCAUCCAGUCGAACAUGGGGAACAAAAAAUGCGACAAACAGAGGCAUUGCUGCAAGAAUUUCCUGAACAAACAACGAUAUUUCCAGACAACGGCCUUCCGAUGCCUUACGGGCCCACGGAGCAGACGGAAAAAGUAAAGUGGUAAGAAAUAAAAUAGCUAAUGUUGCUUCUAUUUUUGUUUAGAUUUGCCAUACUCUGUUCAUAUUUUUGUGAUUCUGACCGAUGAUGACGCCGCAGGUGGCGAAAAUCAGAACGACGACUCCGACGAUCACAAAACAUGCCUGUGUUCCCCGAAUCACGAGAAUGAAAGCUUGUCAUCUGAGGAGACGAUGGUGACAAAACGUUUAUGAUUGGGCUAAUGAUCGUAAGAUCUGGACUGACCAAACGUACUGUAAUUUUCACGAAAUCCAACGAAGCCCGUCUGCAUGGUGUAUUUUGUGCGGUAAUUGCGUCACGGUUCGAAAAACUCGUUUUGCACAGUGGAUCCGGCCCGAAAAGCGAGUUUGCACAGUGCAACUUCAUUUUUUUGGACUACAUUGCGCGUUAUUCUUAUUUUCUGGGCUGUGAGAAAUUCGCAAAGGGCUGGAAAUGGCAAGGGCAACAAAACCAAAGCGUAAUUACAAAAGACGUUUCUCGAAGGCAUUGAAAAAAAGGAAAACCCUUGAUGGCAGAGAAAAACGAAAGAAGCGUCCAGGACAGAUCAGAAAAUCAGGUGUCAGCCAUUAUCGCAGAGCUUUCGGUUGGAGAUCGGGCGUUUUCGUUACGGGAGAUGAGGAGGCGUUUUUAUCUCGUGGAUCCGAAAUAUUGAUGAGAUAGCUGGCAGCAUUUGUUGUUCUAAUGGAAAACGUAAAGUGGUAAGAAAGAAGGCAGUUAAUGUUAUUUCUGUUUGUGUUUAGAUUUGCCAGACUCUGUUCAUAUUUUUGUGGUGCCGUGAAGACCGAUCGUGACGCCGCAGGUGCCGAAAAACAGAACAGCGACUCCGAUGACUACCCAAACUACAUGCCUGUCUUCCCCAAGUCAAGAGAAUGA